AUGGCCACAGCCUCCACGGCCCGCAAUGCACGGAAGCGGCCCAACUUCCUGCGCGACAUUGUCGUCAUCCGUCUUAUCAAUGCGUGGUGGAUCGCCACCUUCUUCCAGCCGGAUGAGUUCUUCCAGUCGCUCGAGCCCGCUUGGCGCCUCGCUUUCGGGUCUGAGAGCGGCGCGUGGUUGACUUGGGAAUGGCAUUAUCAGUUGCGCUCGUCGCUUCACCCCGCGCUGUUCUCCGCCGCGUAUCUGGUGGCCGACAAGCUCUCUAGCCUUAUCCCCGCCGGCAAUGUCUUCCGAACCUUCGUGGUUAUGGCCGCCCCCAAGACCCUGCAGGCCGUCAUCGCAGCCCUCGGAGACUGGUAUGCCUGGCGGCUCGCCGUUACGAUAUACGGCCCCGGCUCACUCGCCUCCUUCUUUGCCCUCUUCCUCCAGAUAUUCAGCCCUUGGCAGUGGUAUGUCUCCACACGCACCUUUUCAAACUCCCUGGAGACGACCCUCACCAUCAUGGCCCUCUACUACUGGCCGUGGGAGCUGCUCGGGUCAGCCAAACCGGCCAAAGAGAACCCAAGAGCCCCGGGACCUCUCCGCAGCCUCUGGCCGCUACGUGCUUCCCUGAGUCUGGCGGCUCUUGCCGUGGUUCUUCGCCCUACGAACGUGUUGAUUUGGAUCACCAUCGUGGGUGUAGCUCUCACGAGGGUCACCAUGAAGGGAUCAUCGCCGUUGUCUUGGGCGAUCAUCUUCACCCUCGUGAGAGAAGCCGUCCUCUGCGGCGCACUGGUUCUCGGCGCGUCGUUUGUGUCCGACCGUCUGUACUUUGGAUUCUGGACUUUCCCGCCAUACAACUGGCUCAACUUCAACAUCUCCAAGUCGCUCGCGGUCUUCUACGGCCGAAACCCCUGGCAUUACUAUCUUCUCCAGGGCAUCCCGCUCCUCUGCACCACCAGCCUGCCCUUCGCCAUCGCCGGACUCUACAGCCCUUCCGCUUCGUCGCCUGACCAGGCGAACACGCUGCGAACGCUCUCUUAUACUGUAUUCGCCACUGUCGGCGCACUAUCGCUCAUCUCGCACAAGGAGGUGCGCUUCAUCUACCCGCUCCUCCCGGCGCUGAGUAUCCUGGCGGCGCCGUUCGCAGCGUCGUUUUUCACCUCAGACCCUCGAUCCCCAGCCGCCGCCUCCACAUCAAAGCCAAGCCCCAGCUCACGCCCCGGCCUCCGCCACAAGCCUUACCUCUUCGCCGCUCUCGGCAUCAAUCUCGUCUUGGCCGGGUUCCUCACCUUCCUGCACCAACCGGCGCCGCUCACCGUCCUGUCCUAUCUCCGGAAGGAGUACGAACGAAUCCACCCCGCCUCCGCGCAGCUCGCCCACGCGACGCACCGCCCGCCACAGCCCAGGGAUGAACUCUUCGCCGUGUUUCUCAUGCCCUGCCACUCCACGCCGUGGCGGUCGCACCUCGUCUACCCUGGCCUAGACGCAUACGCGCUUACCUGCGAGCCCCCGCUCCACACCCAGCCAAACACCCCCGAGAGGGACAACUACCGCGACGAGGCCGACCGCUUCUACGACGACCCCGUCGGCUUCCUCGCCGGCGAGCUCUUCGCCCCGGACCGCGGCCUGCCUCUCCCGCGCUACAUUAUCGGCUUCGAGGGUAUCGAGCCCUGGCUACGCGAGUUCCUCGAGACUCCGCGCGGCAAGCAGCUGGGACUCAGAAUAAGGCGGGUCUGGGGUGGGUUCAACGGCUUUGUCAAUGAGGACUGGCGCCGGUCGGGCAGGAUGCUGGUGUGGGACACGGGCAUCUAUGAUGAUGCUCCCGAGGCUAACAGCAAGGCCUGA